GCGGCAGCAGAGUCGGUGAGCCGACACUUGGAGGAUUACCGUGGCAAAAGUCAUUUCACAUCAAAGUCAAGCAUAAUGCCAGGAUUGUUCUUCUCCCACAACAACAUGACUGAAUUGAACGGAAAAGACGACUGCAAGCUUACAGAAGGCAAAAUCCAUAAAAAGAAGCAAAAGGCUUUUGGCACAGACCUCAAGAACUAUUUGAAGUGCAUGGUACCACACCUUGAAUCUGGGAUCAAGUCUUCUAACUCCAGAAGUGUUACGCUUUCUGCAGAAGAAGUAAUGCAAUGGUCCCAAUCUUUGGAGAAGCUCUUGGCCAGCCAAAGUGGCCAAGGUAUCUUUCGGGAGUUCCUGAAGUCUGAGUUCAGUGAGGAGAACAUCGAGUUCUGGCUGGCCUGCGAGGAUUACAAGAAAACCAAGUCCGAUCGCUUACAUGGCAAAGCAGAGAGGAUUUAUGAGGAGUUUGUUCAAUCAGAUGCUAUUAAACAGAUCAAUAUUGACUAUCGUACAAGGGAAGCAACAGCCAAAAGGGCGCAAGACCCAACUCACACAAGUUUUGAUGAAGCCCAAAAAACAGUGUACAUCCUCAUGGAAAGGGAUUCGUACCCGAGAUUUUUGAAAUCCAAAGCCUACUUGAACCUUUUAAACCAGCUGCAGACCAACAGUUCAAAAUGAAGGGGCUGAAGCAAUGAAGAGCUGAGUAGACCCUGCGCCAAAUAUCCUGUGACGAGAUCCUCAGGGGUGGCUGGAUAGUUGAUCCCAGCGAGGAUAACGCCUGCCUUGGGGAAUACUCGUGGAGAUGCAGACGCCUCCGCCGGCAGGAAGACGCAGGAUAAAAGCUGGCAGCGUGGUUACAAGUGAGAGCACAACGUGGUGGGGGGGAGGGAAAUCCUCCUCCCACGUGCCACAGACCCAAGACAGGAUACUAUUUAUUGUCUGAACGACACCGCGAACACAGAACCAAGUGCUAGAUCCUAAGGAACUACCAGUUAUUAGGAAAUGCCAAAGUAACAAGCUCCUAGUUGAGAGCGAUGGAGAACAAUCAACUUUAGAAGAAAAACAAGUACAACUGACAGUUUUGUACAUAACAAGGAAAUGCCCAGACAAGACAGAAAACUUUUUUUUAUAUAAACAACUAUGAAGUGUUAAUAAGUGUAGGUGCAGCUCCAUGAUGACAUUUUACUAUGUAAAUACAAAUUGACAUGUCUUAAAAUUGAUUUACUUUAACUUAUGCAAGGAUUAUAUAAGCUGAGUCAUUACUAAGUGUUUUCAACAAGCAGGUAUGUAGCAUAUUUCUUCUGUUUAAUUUAUUGCAAAAUAAUAAGCAACUCUUCAAAUAAAUCUGAGAAAAACAUGAAAGUUCCGUGGUCAUUUUCUGUCCUAAGUGGUCUAUCCAUCAUAAUUAGUGAAG